UCUCGUCGUUUCGGAGUGACGACGAAAAGCAAGAGCGAGAAAGCGACAGCCUUUAAGAGGAGAGAGGAGACGAGAGGCGAUAUGACGAUGGAGUUUUGAACUCUUAAUUCGCCAUUCGCUAUCUCUCCCUAUCAUUCAUUCUCUGUGAAGUAUUGUAUCCUUCUUUCAUGGCUCCAUCUUCUUCCUUAACCAUGCUCAGAACAUCCAUUUUUAUCUCAUUUUUUGCCGCACUAGCAGCGCCACUGCCAUUGCCAUUUCACCCACAGGAUCUUCUGCCCUUGUUGCCUAGGCAAGUCUCGUGGCCAAUACUCAAUUAUCUCAACAGUGCUGUUGACCUUUUGCCAACUUUUGUGGGAGCUGCCUCGACUCCCAAUGAUACCAUCCAGUGGAAGGGUGCCUGCUUCUAUAAUAACACGGCUUGGAUGGAGUUCCACAACAAGACUGGCAGUGAAUUUGGCGGUGGCACACUUCAUAUCAAGGUUAGCAAGGCUCAUAGCUGGACAUGUAUGGAUCUUUAUGUCUUUGUUACGCCAUACCGGGUUACAUGGGAUUAUUAUUUUCUUUCUCGGGAGCAUACAUUUGAGUUUAAAGAGUGGGAAGGGAAAGCUGAGUAUGAAUAUGUGAAGAACAGGGGAAUUUCAAUUUUCCUCAUGCAAGCAGGGAUGCUGGGAACCCUUCGAGCACUGUGGGAUGUCUUUCCCCUAUUUACAAAUACUGGAUGGGGGGAGAAUUCGAAUAUUAGAUUCCUUGAGAAGCACAUGGGAGCUACCUUUGAGCAACGUCCCCAACCAUGGGUUACCAACAUCAGUACUGAUGAUAUUCACUCAGGAGAUUUUCUUGCAAUAUCAAAAAUUCGUGGGAGGUGGGGUGGUUUUGAGACUUUGGAGAAGUGGGUCAGUGGAGCUUAUGCUGGUCAUACUGCUGUUUGCUUAAGGGAUUCUGAAGGAAAAUUGUGGGUUGGUGAAUCAGGGAAUGAAAAUGAACAGGGAGAAGAUGUUAUCGCUGUGUUGCCAUGGGAUGAAUGGUGGAAGUUUGAGCUGACUAAGGAUGACUCUAAUCCCCAUAUUGCACUUCUUCCUCUUCAUCCUGAUGUGCGAGCCAAGUUUAAUGAGACUGCUGCAUGGGAGUAUGCAUUGAGCAUGAAGGGCAAACCUUAUGGAUACCAUAACAUGAUAUUUAGCUGGAUAGACACUAUUGACGGGAACUAUCCAUCUCCAUUGGAUGCACACUUGGUUGCAUCUGUUAUGACAGUUUGGAAUCAGAUACAACCUGCAUAUGCUGCCAACAUGUGGGAUGAAGCCUUGAACAAGCGACUUGGAACAGAGGGCCUUGAUCUUCCUAAUAUCUUAGUAGAGACUGAAAAGCGUGGAUCCUCCUUUGGUGAACUGUUGACAAUUCCUGAAAAGGAUGACUGGCUGUACAGUGAUGGAAAAUCGACUUCAUGCAUUGCUUUCAUUCUGGAAAUGUACAAGGAAGCUGGAUUAUUUGAUCCAAUCCCCAAGUCUAUACAAGUGACUGAGUUUACGAUUAAAGACGCCUACACCCUCAGGUUUUUUGAAAACAACUCAAGUCGUCUUCCAAAGUGGUGCAAUGAUGGGGACGAUGUGAAGCUCCCUUAUUGUCAGAUUCGGGGCAAGUAUCGAAUGGAGCUACCAGGAUACAAUACCAUGGAUCCUUAUCCCCAUAUGAACGAAAGAUGUCCAUCAUUGCCACCACAAUACUACAGGCCACAAAAUUGCUAAACUACUUUUAACAUGAAGUUAUUAUGCCAUGGAUGAUGACCCUGGAGGUUCAUGGAAUCUACUUUGUCUCUUGAUAUUACAUUCGGAAGCUCCCAAGGGAGAGUUUGGCUGAUAUUGGUUGUAGAUAUGGCAAUGAUACUGCAAAAUAUUAGAGCAUCAGAUAAUAUAUAUGAAAUGUAAGGAGUUUCUAUUGUAGCUUUUGUCUUUUAUGAAGUUUAAACUAAGUGACCAUAGAAGACAAUGUAUAGUGUUAUAGACUAUUGUUGGAACAUGAACUGCAAUGUAGACAGAACUCAACCUUUUCAAUCACUUCCUUCCCAUGGUUGGAACCUUUCAUGUUAAGCUGAACUAGCAUUCAUUCUAUGAAAGAGAUUUGCCACGAGUUUUAACUCC